AUAGAAAAAGAUACCUUUCUCUGCUAUAAAUUACAUCAUCAUGCACCUUUCCAAUUAACCUCCCAAUUGUACAAGAGUGGAAAGGUACCAAGAACGAGAUAACUUCCAUGAUGAUGAAGAAGUGGGCAUUCCAGAGAAACUCAGAACCGAAGACUACGUCCGAGACACCCACAAGCAGCGUUCUGACUAUUCUCAUGUCAAAUCUCAAUCAAUCUGACCGCAGACCUAUCAUCCCUAUGGCCCAUGGUGAACCAUCUCUCUCCCCUUGCUUCGGUACCAUUCAGAUGACCGCAGAUGCCAUUGCUGAAGCUGUUCAUUCAGCUAAGUUUAACGGUUAUUCCCCCACAGGUGGGCUUCUCCCAGCCCGAAGGGCUGUAGCAGAGUACCUUUCUGAAGGACUUACAAAUAAGUUAUUACCAGAUGAUGUAUUCUUGACAAUGGGAUGCAAACAUGCUGCUCAAAACAUUCUAACAGUUCUUAAGGGUUCAAAAUCGAAUAAUAUUCUAUUUCCCAAACCAGGCUUUCCAUAUUACGAAUUCCUUGCUCGAUCAUGCCAUUUGGAAGUUCGUCACUUUGACCUUCUUCCUGAGAAAGACUGGGAAGUUGAUCUUGAUUCAGUCGAAUCUCUUGCAGAUGAAAAUACAGUUGCCAUGGUUAUUAUUAACCCUGGAAACCCUUGUGGGAAUGUUUUCACACACCAACAUCUAAAGAAGGUUGCCGAGAUUGCAAGGAAUCUUGGAAUAUUAGUGAUUUCUGAUGAAGUUUAUGAUCAUAUUGCUUUCGCGAAAAACCCUUUUGUUUCAAUGGGAAACUUUGGAUCAAUAGUCCCAGUUGUUACACUUGGUUCCUUAUCAAAAAGAUUCAUUGUUCCUGGUUGGCGACUUGGAUGGCUUGUUACCCAUGAUCCUAAUGGCAUCCUCAAACAACACGGAAUUAUUGAAAGUAUUAAGGGAUAUUUCCAUAUGUCCUCCAAUGUGCCAACGUUUAUUCAGGGUGCGCUUCCUGAUAUACUUGGCAAAAGGGAAGACCAUAUAUCCUCGAAAAAUGUUAAUAUAAUUAGAGAAGCUGCAAAUUCUUGUUAUAAGGGAAUUAUAGACAUCCCUGGCUUAAGUUGCCCGAGCAAGCCUGAAGGGUCAAUUUUUAUCAUGGUGAAAUUGGAUAUAUCAGCGUUUAAAGACAUCAAGGAUGAUUUAGACUUUUGUGUCAAGCUCGCUAAGGAAGAAUCAGUUCUAAUCCUACCAGGGAUAAGUGUAGGACUCAAGAAUUGGCUUCGGGUAACAAUUGCUAUCGAUCCAUCAUCUCUUGAAGAUGCCAUCAAGAGGCUUAAAUCUUUUUGUGGAAGGCACUCCAAGAAAUCAAAAAGUGUUGAAUGCUGGUUGGAUCAUAUUUCAUAAUCUCCAGAGUCUCCAGUGGAGAAAAUUUGUGGAUCAAAUAUCAUAUUUCUUAUAUAUAUAUAUAUAUAUAUAUAUAUAUAUAUAUAUAUAUAUAUAUAUAUAUAUAUAUAUAUAUAUGCAUUUACUCUUAAAUAAACCUAUCGAUGGAUAGACUGAAGCUGUAUAUUUCAAGAAAAUCUAAAACAGUUGAUUAUUGAGAAUUUGGGAUUUAACUUUAAGCCGCUUUGUUGGAAAAAAACAUAGCCACCAACAGUAAACAACAAUUGUGGAAUUAAUCAUCGUCAGUGUUGUAUAAAUUGGGCUAGGUGGCCAGUUCGACGAUUUGUGUGCGGUCAUUCACAGAGUAAGAUAGUAAUAUGUCAAGUUCAAAGUCAAAAUCGGUCUAGAAGGGUAAAAUCGGUUUAGGCGGUCAAAAAGUCAAAAGGUUAAAAAUAUUAAAAAAUUCAAAAUAAGUCAAUAAUGAAAGUAAAAUUUAACCAGAGCCAUAUAUACUAAUGUUUAAUGAGACCUAUAUGACUUUAUAUAUUUGUUCAUAUCCCCUCCUAUGACGAGUUUCUUUAUCUUUAUUAUAUAAACUUCCCUCUCGCAUUUGUCUAUGUAUCUAUCCCUCAUUGUAUGAAUGUUAAACACUAGAAUAUGACCAUUUUACGUUUAUUUAUUUAUAUUUCUAAGA